AUGUCCGUCCAGGUAGUCGACGGCUUCAGCCUCACCAACCGAUGGCUCCUCUACGCCAGCCUGAUGCUCGCCCCCGCGCAGUUCGUGUCGGGCAUCGGCAGCAACUGCCCCAGCAACAUCGGCUUCCUCGCCUACAACUGGUACACGCAGAUCCAGUGGUACCAGGCCGUCCGGGCGCAGGAGCUCCACGCGCUGUCCCUGCUGCCCGUCCACUUCAACCUCAUCUACGCCAUCACGUACCUGGGCGGCAUCACCAGCGGCAACCUCUUCAUGGCCGUCGUGCUGGGCGUCGGCACCGCCGGCGUCAUCGUGCUCAACACCGUCUCGGCGUGGGUCAGCUGGGCGACCAACAUGCCCGAGGGGUACGACGCCUACCAGUUCUUCUUCUUUGGCUGGCGCACCCUGACCCCCGGCUGGCACAAGUUCGUCCUGGUCUGGCAGGUCGGCGACUCCAUGUUUGCCCUGGCGAGCGUGCUCAUGGCCAUCAUCACCGCCAUCCGGUUCGUCUACAUUGACGAGGAGGACGACUCGUCGCGGCUGGUGCCCUGGCGCAAGGGCACCGGGCCCCGGAGCAACUUGGCGCUGUGGCGCUACCCGGCCAUUCCGCUCGGCGCGGCGGCCGUCAUGCUCGGCGCGUGGCCGCUGGUCUUGUGGACGGAGCUGAUUGUCCAGAGGAACAAGAUCGAGUCGGAGACGGACAUGGUCGCCGUGUGGCUGUUUGUAGCCCAGGCGGCGGCGCUGGUGGCCCCGAGCUGCGGGGACGUAUGGCGGGUGUUCUCUUGCGGUUGGAGACGCCGCCGCGAUGAACAGGCAUGA